UUACAGUAAUCCUUCCAAGACCGCCAUCGCUAUGAUGAAUCCGGGAGGGCAGCAACAGCAGGAGCAGCGGCGGCAGCAGCUGCACCGUCGGUCACAGCACAGAUAGUUGAAGCCACUAGGGCCGCCAUUCUCGCACCGCCCUUUCUUCCCCCUCUUCCCCCUCUUCCCCCCUCUUCCCCCGUCUCCCCCCAUCUUCCCCAUGGAGCGCACCUUUUCCGCCAGCGGGCGCCACAAUCACCCCACCUUCGCCUCCGCGCGCUCCCCCUCCCUCCCGCCCUUCCGCCUCCCCGCUCUUCACCCACGCUUCCCGAGCUACCGCGCGAUCCCCGCCGCAUUCCCCGCCGCGUUCCCCGCCGUAUUCCCCGCUGGGGAACGGGGGAGGGGGAAGGGGGAAAGGGAGGGGACGGGGAAGGGGAGGGGGACGGGGAAAGGGGGAGGGGACGGGGGAAAGGGGAGGGGGACGGGGGAAAGGGGAGGGGGACGGGGAAAGGGGGAGGGGACGGGGGAAAGGGGACGGGGACGGGAAGGGGGAGGGGGACGGGGGAAAGGGGAGGGGAGGGGAAAGGGGGGGGGACGGGAACGGGCGAGGGAGGGAGGGGAGAGGGUAGGUAGGGAGGGGGGGAGAGAGGAGGGAGGGAGGGGAGGGAGGGAGAGUGCCGCUGUGGAGCAGGUGCAGGUGGAGGUGCCAGUGGUGUUCUACCACGGCCGCCCGGGAGCCUCUCCCUGCCACAAGUCACACUACGUCUAUAAAAUAGUGUCCGAGGCGCGCAAGCACAACAACGCGGUGCACUUCAUCGGGCCUCGGGAGUGCCGGCAGUUCUUCUUCCACAUGGGGGUGCGCUUUGAGGAGCACGCCGAGUACGAGGAGGUGUACGAGUGGUUCAUCCGCAACCUGGGGACUCCUGUGGAUGUGCAUGUGCGCUGGUUCAUUCUAAAGAAGUUCAUGGAGCGCCAUAAUUAUGGCCGCAUCUUCCACCUCGCCACCGAAGUCAUGCUCUUCGCCAACGCCUCCCAGGUGGCGGCGUGGCUCUUCCCCAACUCCGACCUCGCCCUCCCAGCGCGCUGGCCCAGCAUCAGGCCUCCUUUGAGACCCACUCAGUACUCCUCUGCAGGAGUGGGCACGCACAUAGCAUUGAUGUCCUACGCUGCUCUCGUUGACUGGUGCCUCUUCCUGCAUGCCGUCUUUGACUCGGCGCUGUUCGGCGGCGACAAGGAGAGCCAGGAUCUGGUGCUGCUGCCCUCCUAUGUGGAUGUCACCAUCAUGGGAUGGUACACCUUCGCUGGCUGCUGGCUGCAGUGGGUGGAGCCCCCAUGUGUUUCAGACGUCAAGCCCGAAACAGCCAAGGCUCUGCGCAAGAGAGGCAUUCAGCCGCGCUUCCGAGUGCAAUCCCUGUGCCAGCCACGGAACUGCCUCAAUUCUUCGUGGUCCAACGAGGGCCCCUGCGUCUUCGACAACAACUUCUCCCUCACCUCGGGCCGCCCCUUUUUCAAGUUUAAGACCGGAGACAAGUGCCCGUCGACCAUGCACUAUGCCUUCUACCGCGGGUGGGAGGAGGAGGCGCAGACGGAGCCAGUGCAGUUUCUAGCCGUGCAUUUCAUGCACCGGAAGAAAGAGUUUCUGAGCACCAAGUUUCCUCCUGAACCGGAGAAAUCAUGGGGUAGCGCUGCUGAGUAGCAGUGGUUAUGAGAUGCUUUCAUGCAUUUUGCAGUCACCAUGUGCCAUAUCCAUGGAAUGCAGGGAAGCAAGCAAGAACAUCAGGUUCGAGAUGGUGGGAUGGGAGGUACAUGUAUGAGGCUGUGAAAGCGCAUCAUACGAGGCAACUGUGAAGUCAACUCUCUACAGCCUCAUUCGGCCAGGUCUCUUUUGCACUGAGCAGAGGUUAACACAAGCACGAAGACAAUUUUCACGCAACGACCAACGCACGCGAAGUCAAAUUGAAAGCUCAGCAAUGUGUGACUGCACAACCAUGGCACUACAACCCAACCGACACCACCCCUACCCCAUUAGCCCAUCGUUACCCCCCCGAAACCUCCCUCCCUCCACCCUUUAUUCCUCCUCAUCGUC